AUGAUUUUGCAUUCCCAGGGGGAAAACUGUAUGUAAACAAUACAGUUCUCUCCCCUGUCAGCUCCUGCACACUGCUUUGCAUGGCUCUGCAUAGCAGUGUGCUUAAGGUGUAAAGCACUAACACAGCCCACAGUAAAACAGCAACACAGUUAACCCUUUGAUUGCCCCACAUGUUAACCCCUUCCUGCCCAGUGCUAUUAGUGCAGUGUCAGUGCUUUUUAUUAGCACUGAUCACUGUAUUGGUGUCACUAGGGAUGUCAGUGACACCAAGUCAGUUCCCCCCAGUGUCCCCCCAGAAUGCACGCCGCAGUCCCGCUAUA